AUGACUAGAGAAAGAAGGAAUAAUUACGGAGAAAAUUAUACAAAGAAGCGUGAUCUAUUUACUACAGACAAAAUGCUGACAGAAAGAAGAAUAAUGAUCUUAUACUUCCUCCUCCAUCUUCUAUCGAUAGCCAGCUCGGAAUUCGAAAACAGAACGCGUCUGAAAACAAAAGAUAACAGGAUGAAAAAGUAUAUUCCAACAACAACAUUCGACUCGACAGAUUCUUGCGGCGACGGCGUCAACGCAAAGUACUGCACCCCACCCUUUGAAGAUAUCACGCGAGUGCUGAAAAAGAAGUUCGAAUCCAGCCAAACCUGCGGAAUUGAGCAAUCGGAGCGCUACUGUAAGCGAGAGAACGACAAAUGGAGCUGUAAAUUUUGCGACAGCUCUCAAACUGCCAAAAUGCUGCCGACUAGGCACUUAAAUGAUCAUGAAAAGACGACUGACGAGGAGACUUGCUGGUACUCGGGAUCAGUGGUUGAUCCUUCUGACGCAGCGGGCAUUGUUUCCGAGGCUGAUCUCGAAAAGACUCAAACUCGCAAUGUAACCCUGACGAUCGAUUUCUCCCACCCUUAUGAAAUCAGCUUUAUCACAAUGAAGUUUUGUGGACCUGUGCCAGCUGCCAUGGUUAUUUAUAAAUCUACGGGGAACAAUGACGAGUGGCAGCCGUACCAAUAUUACGCUGAUAAUUGCAGGGAAACAUUUGGAAUUGAGCCAAACGAGGAAAUCACCAGAUUGAACCAGGAAAAAGCACUUUGCUCGGAGCGAUACUCCAAGAAUAAGGAGGGCACUCGCGUUUCAUUCAACACAGUCAACAAUAGAGGGGACAGUUCUGUGUCUUCCCCCGUUGUUCAGAAUUGGAUGACCGCGCAGGCAAUCAAAAUCGAACUCCUGAAGCCGUCGAUUUGGCCAGUUAACAACAACGGUCUGAAAACUCCAAGCUCAACACUAGUGGCAAGCUAUCAAUAUGCGAUCUCGGAUAUUAGGAUUUCCGGACAUUGUCAAUGCAACGGACAUGCUGACAGCUGCGAAAUCAUCGAUGGCAAGCCCAAAUGCAUCUGCAAACACGGCACCGUCGGCGACACUUGCAACAUGUGCCACUCCUUCUACCAAGAUCGACCCUGGCAGCGCGGAACCAAAUCGAACCCGAAUGAAUGCCGCGCCUGCAACUGUAAUCUUCAUGCGAACAAGUGCAAGUUCAACGAUACACUUUACAAAAUGUCUGGAAAUCAAAGUGGUGGAAUGUGCCAAAAGUGUCGGCACAAUACGUCUGGCGCAAGGUGCCAGGUUUGCAAGCCCGGCUAUACGCCCGACCCGAACAAGUCCGUCGACAAUCCGAAAUACUGCAAAAAAAUCCCGAAUCCAAUCAAAGACCCUCUUCUGCCAUCAUCUUCGUGCGCAAAUAUGUGCAAAAAACAAGACAGUAUAAGCUUGCCGCCGAAGGAAUACUGUAAAAAGACAAUGAUUCUUAAAAUCGACGUCAAAUCGAGGAAAACAGUGAGGAACAAAUAUGUCGUCUAUGUCGUCAAUGUCCAAAAGGUCUACCGGCCAAAACGAUCGCGAAAGACGACGAACUCCCGCUCCAAAAACCCGUUCAUUCUGACCUCCAAAGAGUCCCGCUCCACCAGAAAGAAGCACGCCGCAUCUUCCUCCUCCCCACCUCAUAUAACGAAGGGAAAAUGGGAAAUCUGGCAAAACAAGAAAUACGCAAAGUGUGGUUGCCCGAAACUGAGGGUCAAGAAAAUUUACUUGUUGCUUGGAAAACAUAAAUCUGUUCGACACUCAAGACAUGGUUCACGAAGAAAAUUCAAAAUCGACCGCCAUUCAAACUCGCUAAAAUGGCGCGAUCUUUUCGACAGUAAUUUAAAAUCCAUCGAAGCGCUCAACCGAGAGCAGAAGAACUGCUGA